AUGGCUUUGAGCAUCCCAAGUGUUUCUGCUCGUCAGUGGAAGCAUGAUGUAUUUUUGAGUUUCAGGGGUGAAACUCGCCAUGGUUUUGUCUCCCAUUUAUAUGAUGAACUGGAAAGCACAGGGAUUAACACGUUCAUGGAUGAGGAAGAGCUGGAAGUAGGGAAGGCUAUUUCCCCAAAUCUGCUAAUGGCAAUUGAAGAAUCAAGGUCUGAAAGAGAACUUGUUAAACGCAUUGUGAAAUUCGUCUGCAAUAAGGUACUUCAAGUUCCACCACGGCCUAUUCCAAUUGAGUUCAAAGCGCAGCCUACCGAAGAUUUUGAAUCAACAACACGGGCCAGGGAUGAGCUUACUCAGGCGCUGAAAAAUAAAAAAAUCACUAUCAUCGGGGUUUUCGGCGAGGGAGGCGUUGGGAAGAGAACCAUGGUGAAACUUGUCAGCACACAAGCUCGAGAACUUAGGCUUUUUCAUUAUGUGAUUAGGGCUGUUGUAGCUCAGAGCCCUGAAUUAAGAAAUAUUCAAGACACAUUGGCCGAUCAGCUGGGCUUAAAAUUUGAGGAGGAGGAGACGGAAAUUGGAAGAGCCGUUAGAUUGAAGGAGAGGUUAAUGGGAGGAAACAAGAUCCUCAUAGUCUUGGUCGACGUUUGGCGGAAAAUAGAUUUGUCAACCAUAGGAAUUCCCAAUUACAAUGAGCUUCAAACACGCAAUUCCAAACUCAUACUAACCUCAAGGAGCAAAAGUGUAUGCUAUUCCAUGCAGUGUCAAGCAAGCAUUCCUCUCCAUAUCUUAUCAGAAGAAGAUUCUUGGAACUUUUUUGUGGAGAUAUUAGGAAAAGUUUUUGAAGAGUCUACCGAGAUGUAUCAUGUAGCAAGGAUGGUAGCUAGAGAAUGUGGUGGUCUCCCACUUGCACUGAUAACAGUUGCUCGGACACUUGGAGAUAAAGACAUAGAAGACUGGAAAGAAGCAGCUUACCGACUAGACAAGUCCCAAACUGAGGAAGAUGUAUACAAAUGCAUAAAGUUCAGCUAUAAUUACUUGAGAUCUGAUGCAAAAUCAAUCUUCUUGCUUUGCUGCCUAUUCCCAGAAGAUUAUGAUAUCCCAAUCGAAUACUUGCUCAAGUAUGCAAUUGGCAAAGGGUUAUUUCAAGUUCUCAACACAAUCCAAGAAGCCAGAGCUACAGCAAAUUUGAUGAUCAAGUCCCUCAAAGCUUUCAGCCUACUUUUGGAAGGUACAAAGGAGGGAUGUGUAAGGAUGCAUGCUGUAGUGCGGGAUGUUGCCCUGUUGAUUUCGUUUUCUGAAGAUGGUCAUAAAUUCUUGGUAAAGGCUGGUUGUGAAUUGCAACAUUGGCCAAAGAUUAAUGCGCGUGGAGGCUACUCUGCAAUUUCACUAAUGAGGAACAAAAUUUACAAGCUUCCGGGAGAGUUGGUAUGCUCAAAUCUCCAGAUUUUAUUACUACAAAAUAACACUGGUAUAUGUGUGAUCCCAAAUAAAUUUUUUCAGAGUAUAAAGGGACUUAUGGUCCUAGAUCUUAGCUUCACCAGUAUCUCAUCUCUACCCUCGUCGUUCGGUCUCCUAACCAAUCUCAAAGGUUUGUAUUUGGAUUAUUGCGACAAGAUCUUUGACAUAUCCAUAUUCGUAAAUCUGAAGAAACUUGAGAUUCUUAGCAUGAAAGCAUCUCCUCUUGAGGAGUUGCCAAGAGAAAUAGGAGAUUUGACCAGUCUAAGGAUGCUCGACUUAAGUGGGAGUUACAAUAUUGGUAGGAUUCCAUCUAAUAUAAUGUCAAGUUUGUAUAAAUUAGAAGAACUAUACAUGCAAGGAAAUUUUGGGGACUGGGGAGGAGGACGGUACAACACUAAUGCUGGUUUUGAUGAGUUGACUAGCUUGCGGUAUUUAAACAUCGUGAAGCUUCGCAUAUCUGAUGCACAGUGCCUGCCUAAAAAUGUUGUCCUUAAUUUCAACUGGGUAAUUUUCGAUAUAUGUAUCAGCAGAGAAUCACCAUCUAGAGACUACUCUUCAAAACCAUACUGUUCACAUGAUCUUUCAAGAACCUUGACUCUGAGCACAACAAUUAACACCUUACCAGAUUGGUUUAUCGAAGUGGUAGCAGAGAAAGCAGAGAAACUACAGUACCUGAAGUGCAAAGGCCUAAAGAACGUUCUUAUGGAACAUGACAAAGGGAGGUUAUGUGGGCUGAAGUAUCUAGCUGUAAUUGGUCCCCAUGAGUACCUGGAAGUGUUGAUGGAAACAAUAACACGGGGGCCAAAUGUUCCUGUGUUCAAGAACUUGGAAGAGUUGCAUCUUCUUGGCGUGAGUUGUCUGAAGGAGUUAUGUGUUGGGGAAUUACCACAUGGAUCUCUUUUCAAUCUGAAGUCAUUAAAGGUGGAAUAUUGCCAUGACUUGAUGAACGCACUUUUGCAAUCAAAUUUGUUGCAAAGACUACAAAAUCUGGAAAAGCUUCAUUGCGAAGAUAUGAAUGUCAUGGAGUAUGUGUUUGGAUUUGAAGGGCUGGAGCCAGAACAUAUUAUCUUGCCAAAAUUGAGGGAGAUGAUAUUGUGGGAUCUAGAAAAACUGAUAAGCAUAUGGAAUGGUCCUGCUCCAAAUUCAGUUUUCCAUAAUCUUAAAAGUUUGGCAGUCUCUGGGUGCAAAAAACUUAAAAGUCUCUUUACAUAUGAGGUAGCUAAAUGUCUUUUGCAAUUGGAAGACCUUUCGGUAACUCAAUGUCCUAGCUUGGAGAUGGUUAUUGAACCAAGCAAGGAAGUAGUUAACAAAAAGAUCAUUUUUCCAGAAUUGAAGAACUUAGCUUUAUCGUAUCUUCCACAGCUCACAAGGUUCUGCGGUAGUGGAACUACUACUAUUGAGUGCCCUUCAUUGGAACAUUUGCAUUUGCAGGACUGCCCACAUUUUACAACUUCUACUUCUGACUUCCACUGCUCAAAGGCGCAAUUCCAAGUCAAUGAUCUACGACACAUGAGAAUGAGCAAAGACAUGGAUAGCAUCAAUUUAGCUGGCCAGCAUACUAAGUACAUCCUUGAGAGCCUACCUCAGAAUGUCAGAAAGCGAGUUGAGGUCAUAAGAGAAAUUGAGAACCAACAUCAUGAAUUAGAGGCCGAGUUGCUCAAGGAGAGAGCUAUACUUGAAGCUAAGUAUCAUAAAUUGUAUCAACCUCUAUACAGCAAGCGAUACUUGAUUGUGAAUGGUGUUGUUGAAGCCGAAGGAGUUGCCACUGAAGCAGCAGCAAAUCAAGACGUCAAAACUGCAAAAGUGAGAGGAGUGCCUGAUUUCUGGCUCAAUACAUUGAAGAACAAUGAAGUGCUAGCCAAGGAGAUUACCAUGUGUGAUGAAGAAGCUCUUAAAUAUCUUAGAGACAUCAAGUGGUUUAAGAUACAUGAUUCCAAGGGGUUCAGACUUGAGUUCUACUUUGACACCAAUCCAUUUUUAAAAAACUCUGUUCUGACAAAGACAUAUCACAUGAUUGAUGAAGAUGAACCAUACAGCGCAGCAGGGAUGGAGAUUGAAUGGUAUCCGGCAAAAUGCUUGACACAGAAGAUUCUUAAGAAGAAGCGUAAGAAGGGAUCGAAGAGUUUUAAGCCACUGACCAGAACUGAAAACUGUAAAAGUUUCUUCAAUUUCUUUAGUCCACCACAAGUGUCCAAGGAUGAUGAAGCUAUUGAUAAAUGUGUUGCCGAGGAACUCAAAAACCAGAAGAAACACAACUAUGAUGUCGGGUCAACCAUUUGUUAUAAGAUCAUCCCACAUGCAGUCUCAUGGUUUACUGGAGAAGCUUUUUAGGAAGACAAUU